GAUUCUUCCACUCCAUCCUUUUUUUUUCAAAUUAUCAAAUCAAAAUUUCAUUCAGCUCUUCACACUGAUUCACAUUUCUCACUUCUCUCUCUCUAUAGAAAAACCACCGACGACACCACCUCCGUGUCAACCACCGACGACACCACCUCCGUGUCAACCACCACACCUUCCACCAUGGAAAAGCGACCUCUCCAAACCAGCAAUGCCGCAAACAUUCCUUCGAAAACAAUCGAAGAAAUGUACCAAAAGAAAUCACAGCUCGAACACAUUCUCCUCCGUCCCGAUACCUACGUCGGUUCAAUUGAAAAACAUACUCAAAAUCUCUGGGUUUACGAAAAUGACGAAAUGGUUCACCGUUCCAUUUCCUACGUACCUGGUCUUUACAAAAUCUUUGACGAGAUUCUCGUCAACGCCGCCGAUAACAAGCAAAGAGAUCCAUCCAUGGAUUCGCUCAAAGUUAUCAUCGACCCUGAAGGGAACACGGUUUCGGUUUACAAUAACGGAGACGGUGUUCCGGUUGAGAUUCAUCAGGAAGAGAAGGUUUACGUUCCUGAGUUGAUCUUCGGUCACCUUCUUACUAGCAGUAACUAUGAUGAUAAUGUCAAGAAAACUACUGGUGGUCGAAAUGGUUAUGGUGCUAAGCUCACCAAUAUCUUUUCAACUGAGUUUAUCAUUGAGACUGCCGAUGGACGUCGUCUGAAGAAGUAUAAGCAGGUUUUCUCAAACAAUAUGGGGACGAAGUCUGAACCAGUGAUAACCAAAUGCAAAGCUAGUGAGAACUGGACCAAGGUGACCUUUAAGCCUGACUUGGAGAAGUUCAAAAUGACCUAUCUUGAAGAGGAUGUUGUUGCUUUGAUGAAAAAGCGUGUUUUGGACAUGGCAGGAUGCCUUGGAAAGACUGUUAAGGUUGAACUCAAUGGAACCUUGAUUCGUUUUAAGUCGUUCCGGGAUUACGCUGAUCUCUUUCUAAAAUGUGCUGAGAAGUCUAAACCCACACCCCUGCCAAGGAUUCAUGCCAAAGUAGGUGAUAGGUGGGAGAUCUGUGUGAGUCUAAGUGAUGGGCAAUUUCAACAGGUCAGUUUUGUUAAUUCCAUUGCUACAAUCAAGGGUGGAACUCAUGUUGAUUACAUUACAAAUCAGAUUACUACCUAUGUAAUGAAUAAAGUAAAUAAGAAAAAGAAGGAUGCUAAUGUGAAAGCUCACACUGUAAAGAAUCAUUUGUGGGUUUUUGUCAAUGCUCUGAUUGACAACCCUGCAUUUGAUUCUCAAACUAAGGAGACACUAACAACUAGACAAGCUAGUUUUGGUUCUAAAUGUGAUGUUCCAGAAUCAAUGCUUAAGGAUGUUGAAAAAUCUGGAAUAGUGGACACCCUCCUAUCAUGGGCAGAUUUUAAACAAAGUAAAGAUCUGAAAAAAACUGAUGGAUCUAAGACCCAGAGGAUUCGUGGGAUUGUCAAGCUUGAGGAUGCCAAUGAUGCCGGUGGAAGGAACUCUGAGAAAUGUACCUUGAUACUGACGGAGGGAGAUUCUGCUAAGGCUCUUGCGAUGGCCGGGCUCUCUGUAGUGGGCCGAGACCAUUAUGGUGUGUUUCCGUUGAGAGGAAAAUUGCUCAAUGUGCGGGAAGCUAGUAGCAAACAGAUAAUGGACAAUGAAGAAAUUCAAAAUAUAAAGAUUCUUGGACUGCAGCAAAACAAGGAGUACACAAAUGUGAAGUCUUUGAGAUAUGGUCAUUUGAUGAUUAUGGCUGAUCAGGAUCAUGAUGGCUCCCACAUCAAAGGGCUUCUGAUUAACUUCAUUCAUUCCUUUUGGCCAUCACUGCUUAAGGUUCCAUCUUUCAUGGUUGAGUUCACUACUCCCGUUAUAAGGGCUUCUCAUUCAAAUGGUACAAUAGUAUCAUUUUAUUCCAUACCAGAAUAUGAAGCAUGGAGAGAAAGAUUGGGGAACAGUGCAGCUAGUUGGAAGAUAAAGUACUAUAAGGGGUUGGGUACAAGUACUCCCAAGGAAGGGAGAGAGUACUUUAGAGAUCUUGAUAAGCACAAAAAAGACUUCAUUUGGGAAGAUGAUUUUGAUGGAAAUGCAAUUGAGAUGGCAUUCAGUAAGAAAAAAGCUGAAGAUAGGAAGAUCUGGAUGCGUAAUUUUGAGCCUGGCACCUGUCGCGAUCAUAAAGAGAAACUUAUAAACUACAAGGACUUCGUUAACAAGGAGCUUAUAUUGUUCUCAAGGGCGGAUCUCCAAAGGUCCAUUCCCUCAAUGGUUGAUGGUCUUAAACCUGGUCAAAGGAAGAUUCUUUUCUGCUCAUUUAAGAAAAAGUUGUUCAAAGAAAUAAAAGUUGGUCAAUUUAUUGGUUAUGUGUCUGAGCACUCUGCUUACCACCAUGGUGAACAAAGUCUUGCAAGCACAAUUAUUGGAAUGGCACAGGAUUUUGUGGGCAGCAACAACAUCAAUCUUCUCAAACCAAAUGGUCAAUUUGGUACUCGAAACUUGGGUGGUAAAGACCAUGCAAGUUCCAGAUACAUUUACACCGAGCUAAAUACUGUUACUCGUUGUCUUUUCCAUGAGGAUGAUGAUAAACUUCUUGAGUACUUGAAUGAGGAUGGGAGGUCCAUUGAACCAAACUGGUACAUACCAAUUAUACCUUUGGUUCUUGUAAAUGGUAGUGAGGGAAUUGGGACAGGUUGGAGUUCUUACAUUCCCAACUAUAAUCCACGAGAGAUAAUUGCCAAUGUUAGACAUUUGUUGAACAGUGAAGAAAUGGUGCCAAUGGAUCCAUGGUACAAAGGAUUUAGAGGAAGCAUUGAGAAAAGUGCCAAGGAAGGAGGCUAUAUAGUCAACGGUGAAGUUGUUGAAAUAGACGAACAGACUUUCAAAAUCACAGAGCUUCCUAUACGGAAGUGGACUCAAGAUUAUAAGCAGUUCCUUGAAUCCAUAACUGAUGGAACACCUAAUGUCAAGGAUCCUCUCAUUGAGGAUUUCAGGCAAAAUGGAGAUGACGCAAUAAUAGACAUUGAAAUCAAGAUGAAGGCAGAAAAAAUAGCUACAAUCUUGCAAGAAGGAUUAUUCAAGAAAUUCAAACUGACCAGCACUAUUAGCACAAGCAACAUGCACCUUUUUGAUGCAGAGGGAAAAAUUAAGAAAUUUGAGACUCCAGAACAAAUUCUUGAAGAGUUCUAUCCACUUCGUCUGGAGUAUUAUGAGAAGAGAAAGAAAUAUAUACUGGCCAACCUUCAAAGACUCUUGUUGAUUUUGGACAACAAGGUCAGGUUUAUAUUAGGGGUUGUGAAUGGAGAAAUUAUUGUGAGCAACAGGAAGAAAGCUGAUUUGUUGCUUGAGCUGAAGCAAAAAGGUUUUACUCCCAUGCCUAAGAAAGGUAAAUCUGCAGAACCACAAGUUGCAGGGGCAAAUGAUGACAAUUCAGAAGAGAAUGAAGAUGCUGAGCAAGAAACUGUGUCUCGGCCUGUCAGUGUUGAAGGAGCAACAUGGGGUGACUAUGAGUAUCUAUUAUCCUUACCUAUUGGAACUUUGACCCUUGAAAGUGUGCAGAAGCUGCUAGAUGAAAAGACUGACAAGGAAAAAGAAUUUGAGAUAUUGAUGGGAACACCAACAACGUCAUUGUGGUUGAAAGAUCUAGAUGAGUUGGAAAAGAAACUUGAUGAGCUAGAUAGUAAAGAGGCAGAAGAGGAUCGAAAGAGAUCAAGCCAAGCAAGUAAAAAGGCCAACGGGUUUGCUACUAAACCCGCAAAGAAGCCGCCACAACCACGAAAGAAUACAAAGAAGUCCAAAAGUGUUGAGCCAGAGAAUGAUAAUUCUGCAAUGGAAAUUGAGAAUGAUGUUGAAGUUGCAAAACCAAAAGGACGGGCAGGUUCUAAGAAUAUUGAGAAGGAAGCUGAUGAGGAUAUUCUAUCUCUUCAAGAACGCUUAGCUGCGUAUAACCUUGAAUCAUCUGGUGAAAAGUCAGGAGCCAAUGCCAUGGAUAGUGAAGAACCUGUCCCUGCUGGGAAGAAACAGGUUAACAAAAGGGGCGGUGCUAAAAAGAAGUCAAGUACCAUAGUGUUGGAAUCGGAUAGUGAUAAUGAAGUUCAUGAUGUUGAUGAUGAUGACGACUUUGAAGUUCAGCCAAAGGCUGCCCCAGUUAAGAAGGGAGGAAGGAAGCCCGCUGCUCAAAAUGCCAAGAAGGCACCUGCAGCCCCCAAGAAAAGAAAUGUAGGCACCAAACAAUCAUUGGGUCAAAAAUUAUUAACUGAUAUGUUGCAGCCAGCUGAAAGUACAGGUACAUCACCAGAAAAGAAGGUGAGGAAGAUGAGGGAGUCACCAUUUAACAAAAAGAGUGGCUCUAUACUGGGAAGGGCUGCUGGCAAGGAUAUAAGUCCAAUUGCAGAUUUGUCUGGAGAUUCUGCUUCAAACUCUUCUCCUAGUACUGCAGAUGAUGAAGUGGUUGAGAUUGCACCACAGCCAGCAAGGGCUAGACCUCAGAGGGCCAACCGUGCUCAAAAGAUAUAUGUAUUGAGUGAAUCCGAGAGUGACGAUGAUUCUGAUGAGGAUGCUGAAUUAUCAGAUUUUGAAGAAGAUGAUGACUAGACUAUUCUUUACAAUUUAGCUGAAGUUUUAUGCAUUAAUAAAACUACAGUUUGUUCUGUAAAACUUAAAUCUGUAUCUUACAGAUCUGCAUUUCUUGAUUUGAUGACUGAAUUAGUUAGUAUGAAUGCAUCAGAUAUAUGCUUUGCCAUCUUUUUUCAA